AAUAAAUACUCAUAUGGUAAUGGAAAAUUUGAAUAAAAUAUUUAUUAAGUAAGAUUAAUGAGAUGGCACCGUCAUUAGAGUUUUCACUGGAUAAACAUUACUUUUGGUAUGGCAAAGAGCCUUCAACAAAAAUUGAUGUUCAUUGUAUGCUUCCAAAUGGAAUAUUAAUAUCUUUCCCAUUGAUAAGAGCUGAUACUUUGCUGGAAAAAAUCAAAAAAGAACUGUGGAAAGAAGCUUCCAGAUAUUCUCUUUUUCAUCUACUGCGACCGAAAGAUGAAUAUGUUUUUGUUGGUGUCAGCAGUAAAGGUGGUACAGAGGAGCUUAUAGAUGAGGAACAGUCAUUAUUUGAUGUCAAACCAGUUAGGCCAUACCUAAAGGUUGUGCAAAAACAAGGAGAUGAGGCGCAAAAAAAGACUACACAAUCUAUCAGUAUGCUCAUUGGUCGUAGUAUUACAUCAACUAAAAAUGAAGAAGUUAGUGAUUUCAGAAAGAAAAAUGUGAGCAUUUGCGAAACUAUUGCAUACCAACGUGGACGAUCAAGCUGGUCAAACAGGGCCAUUUAUUCUUACCCUCCAGAAUUUGAAGAAGAUGAAACCCUUCCACCUAUAAUAACUGAGAAACUAAAAGCAACUUCAAAUAGAAUCCACUUAUCAGUGUCUGUUAUGAAAAAUUCAUCUAACACUUUUGAAGUGCCUUGCACUUAUUUUCCAAAAGAUUUAAUUGAUAUGGCACUGCGAAAACGUGCACAAACACUGAAACAAAAUGUGGUGGAGAAUGGCGAUGAUUACAUUUUGAAAGUGCACGGUAGAUUGUCCUUCUUUCUUGGACAUAUUGUACAAGAUGAAUAUGGGGAAGAAUUGUACUUAGAAAAACAUCUUAUUCAGUACAAGUACAUAAGAGAAUGUUUACUUUGGGAUAAAAAACCAAAAUUGGUUAUCAUUCCUAAGUCCGAAAUGGUUGUGGGGCGUGUCAGGGCUCCUACAAUAACACAAAAUCCUCCACCUUUGCCAAGACGAAGACAUGGAAAUUACAAUGAAAUUUGUCUGUGGGACAUUAGUCCCUCCACGAUGCUAAGAAUAAAAGUUGUGUGUGCAUUAAAUGUCAAUGCAGGUCAAAUGUGGAAAGAAGUUCAGUGUGGUCUUUUUCAUGGUGGUGAAGAAGUAUGUGAAAAGCAGACAACAACUCGUCAAAAAGGUAUUCAUCCAUGCUGGAAUGAAUUUUUGGAGUUUCCAUUAUCUGUGUCUGUGUUACCCCGCAUGGCAAGACUUUGUUUUUGUAUCAUUGGUUACCAGCAAAAAGAUACAAGGAAAAAAAAGCCUGUACCAAUCGCAUGGGUAAAUAUUCCAGUGUUCAACUAUAAAGGCAUGCUUAACAGUGGAUCAUGCAGAUUGUAUUGCUGGCAAAAUGGAGUAAAAAUGGCCUCUAAUUCUCAAAACUUUCUAAAUCCUCUUGGAACUGUGGCAUCAAGUGGCAAUGAGAAUGGACCAUGUAUCGUUAUUGAGUUCAUGAACUUUGUGCACACUGUGGUCUAUCCAUCUGAUGAUUUUAUAUUUGAAAUAGCUGCACAAUCCGUAGCAAGCCGUGAAAACCACCCAUUUUUGGUUAAAGGAGGUAAACAACAUAGACAAAAAAUUGAGGAGAUUAUAAAACGAGACUCGCUGGCAUCCAUGUUUGAGGAAGAUAAAGAACUGCUGUGGAAGUUGCGUGCAGAAUGUUGUCAUGAUUAUCCUAACUCCUUACCAAAGUUGUUACAAUGUGUCAAGUGGCAUUCUCAUGAAGACGUGGCACAGAUUCGCUUUUUACUUCAUAAUUGGAGGAGAGAACCCCUUGAAGUGGAAAUCGCAUUAGAUUUGCUUGAUUAUAAAUUUCCAGACAAUAAAGUUCGCUCAUUGGCUGUCGAGGUUUUGGAUAAUUUGAGUGAUGGUGAAUUAGAGAUGUACUUGUUGCAGCUAGUGCAAGCUUUAAAGUUUGAAUCUUACCUCGACUCUCCAUUGGCUGGCUAUUUACUUCGAAGAGCGUUAAACAACAGGAGGAUUGGGCACUACCUUUUCUGGCACUUGAAGGCUGAAGUCAGUAAUCCAGAAUGUUCACUUCAAUUUGGUCUUCUGCUAGAAAUGUAUUGUCGAGGAGCUGUUGACCAUAUUCCCAUUUUGUUACGACAGGUUGAAGCUAUUGGGAAAAUGAAAACUGUUACCGAGAUCUUACAAUCGUACAAAGACCAAGAUAAUGUUAAAAAAUUGCAGCUAAUGAGAGAAUGCUUCAAUGGUUCUAGUUAUAUCAAAGCUUUCUCAAAUAUCAUCUCACCUCUCGAUCCAAGCAUAAAAUUGAAAUGUCUCAGAGUUGAAAAAUGUAAAUACAUGAGCUCAAAGAAGAAGCCGUUGUGGCUUGUGUUUGAAAAUGCUGACGAAGGGGCGGAGGAUGUUUUAAUAAUUUUUAAGAACGGCGAUGAUCUUCGCCAAGACAUGCUGACACUACUCUCACUUCGUCUAAUGGAUAACGUAUGGAAGAAAGCAGGCUACGACUACGGUAUUAUACCCUACCGCUGCUUAUCCACAGGACCUAUGGUUGGUUUGAUUGAAGUUGUUCCUGAUUCAGAAACACUGGGACGUAUUCAAGCAUCAAGAGGAUCGAUCAGGGGUGUGUGGAAGGAGGACAAUUUGUACCAGUGGUUACAGGAACACUGUAAAGGGAACGGGGAUAAACUUGAUACUUUCAUGGGCAACUUCAUGCGUUCAGUGGUUGGGUACAGUGUGGCUACAUAUGUUUUGGGUGUCGGUGACCGACAUAAUGACAACAUCAUGAUGAAGUAUGACACAGGACAGCUUUUCCACAUUGAUUUUGGGCACUUCUUGGGGAAUUUCAAGUCCAAAUUUGGUAUCAAACGAGAACGCGUAAAGUUCGUGCUAACAUCUGACAUUUUGUACAUAUUUCGUCAGCUGAAAAACCAAGGAUCAGAAGAACUGGGUGACAGGUUUAAAGAAAUGUGUAUCGAUGCAUUCAAAACGUUACGAAGCAAAGGCAACCUAUUUAUCACAGUUUUCGCUAUGCUCCUCUCGACUGGAAUACCAGAACUUGAGCAACCAAACGAUUUGGAUUACUUGAGAGAUUCAUUGGCUAUGCUCAAAGACGAAGCUGACGCAGUCCGCCAUUUUGAAUCGUCUUAUAGAGAAGCUCAUGCAAAUAGGUCGCUAACCACUGUCAACUGGAUGUUUCACAACUUAAAUCAUUACUGGAUCGGUUGAACGAGUGAUAAGCAUUACUGGAUCAAUUCUGUGGCAUACUUAUACAUCAUUUACUUUCGGAACUUUCUUUAUGUAGAUGAUUUUCAAAACAAUGAGGACCUUCUUUAGAUUUUUGACGUGGAGGAGAAUUUAUAUACUGAUCAAAAACAUAUAUAGUAAUAUAUAACCAGUCUCGUAAAAAAGCGAGAGAUUUUAUUUCCACGAUUUUUUAUGGUUUUUUGAAACAGAGAUGAAGUGCUUUACCGUGCAAAUUAACUUUAUACUAGUCGUUAAUCCAUGAAAAAAUCCACAACCUCGCCCGUCAGCAAAUUAUUUACUCUUCAGGGUACCAAGAAUGAAGCUACAGCGCAACUAUUUUAAAAGAGAAAAUACGGAUACGGGUGUAAGUGCAGCGAAAAAAAUUUUUCUGUUAAGUAGUCGAAAGUAUUUACAGAUUAUAUUCAGUCGCGGUUAUUAGCGCAAAACUCUGUUUUGAAAAUACGCUUUCUGCCAACCUCGUCCCCAGGGCUCUUUUUCUCUUUCUGACAACCUCGGACAGCGAAUUUGUCAGAAAGAGAAAAAGAGCCAUGGGACAAGGUAAGCUUUCUGUAAAUUUCUUAGCAAUUACCUUAGUAUAAAAGUUUUUGAUAAUAUAUAACACGAUUUUUAUAAUUUCUUAAAGUGAACGAAUUUUUUUACUUCUUACAAGUUAAUUGCUAUCAUCUCUCCUUGGGUUGAUCAACAAAGCUAAAGUCUUACAAAUUUUUAUAUUGUGUUCUUGUUUUGCUAUUUUUAGGUUUUGAAAUUAAAAAAAACUGUAUAUUUGUGUAAAAGUAAAUAUUUUUAAGUUAAUCCCUCUG